UAUGGGAGGAGCUCAGUGUUCGUGAUCUUCCAGCACAACCAUCUCGGCAGCACAUUUGCAACAAUGGCCGGCGACUCUGAAACACGCCUCCGGGACCGGGGUGACAAUAGCGACGUAAUACGACAACCUUUUCUCAUCGGUGUCUCUGGAGGCACCGCCAGCGGAAAGUCAUCCGUUUGUGGGAAGAUCAUGGAGCUGCUGGGCCAAAAUAAGAUUGACCAUCACCAGAGGCAGGUGGCCAUCCUCAGCCAGGACAGCUUUUACAAGGUGUUAACCGCUGACCAGAAAGCCAAGGCACUUAAGGGACAGUACAACUUUGAUCAUCCAGAUGCCUUUGACAAUGAACUAAUCAUGCAAACGCUCAGGGAAAUCCUACAAGGGAACACUGUCCAGAUCCCAGUUUAUGACUUUGUCACUCAUUCCAGGAAGGACGAGUUUGUCACAGUGUAUCCAGCUGACGUCGUCCUCUUCGAGGGCAUCCUUAUGUUUUACUCGCAGGAGAUCCGUGACCUGUUCCAGAUGAAGCUUUUUGUCGACACCGACCCAGACACGCGGCUCUCCCGAAGAGUUUUAAGAGAUAUCGGUGAGCGUGGGCGGGAGCUGGAGCAAGUGCUGACGCAGUACAUAACGUUUGUGAAACCGGCCUUCGAGGAGUUCUGUUUACCAACGAAGAAGUAUGCUGAUGUGAUAAUACCCCGUGGUGCAGAUAACCUUGUGGCCAUCAACCUAAUCGUACAGCACAUCCAAGACAUUCUCAAUGGCGGUCUAAACAAGCGUCACAACGGCUUCACCAACGGUCACGGCACACCCCGGCAACGUCGGACGUCCGAGUCCAGCAGUCGGCCACAUUGACCUCGCAGCACCUCUCUUCUGGGGAGAAGGGGGGUGAUGGGCCAGCGCUGUAAAUAAUGCCUGUUGGCACCACUGUAUUUAAGAUGAGUGAAAGGAAAAAAAGGAUUUGCAGAGAGAAUCAAAAAUGCCUUUUUUAUUACAUGACUACUCAUUGCUAUUAGUUACAAUUCAAUUUAUUGUAAUUGUUGAAUUAUGGGCUUCAAAUUUAUGUCAGUUUAAAAGAAGCUUUUUGUCUCAUCAUCACCUUGGGUUAAUGAGAACCUUGCUUGCAUUGUCCUUCCAAGUCUAACUUUGGUUUCAUUAUAUCCCCUGCGGCUUCAUGGAAGUUAAUGCUGAUGAUGAAUAAAAGGGGAUUUUUUUUUUUUUUUUUUUUUUUUUUUUUUUUAAAUCUGAUGAAACUUGAACCUACACUAGUCCACGAGUACCAUAAACUUGAGUUUUAAUUAGAGCCGGAAAAGGAUGUGGACUCAAAGACAAGGUUGAACAAACUCAGAUUGCACUUUGUAUUUGUAUGACAAUCUUGGUAUUGUUUCCUCCUGGUUUUCAGUGUUUGCCCCGGUCCUUCAAAGUAUAAUGUGUAACAUUACAGCAUCUAUUUACUCUGCCGGUGACAUUGUAAAAAGGAAACGGUAGACUUCGCCAAUUCUUCCAAUAACUAGUGGGAUAACUUGCUAUGGUAUAUGGCAUUGCUGUUUGAUAAUUGGGCAAAUCUUAUGGGCUGUGAUUCACUUGCUCUGUGUAGCGACAUUAAUCAUAGAAAACAUAAAAACUUGGUUAUAUUUUAAAAAUAUAAGUUAUACUCAGGUUACAAAAAAGGCUAAAUAAUGCACAGCAAUAUCUGUGUGGCCAUAUGCCACCGACAUCCAUCCACCACAAUGCCUCCAUAAAGUUGCCUCAGGUUAAUAUGCACAGCGAGUAUCCACCACGCCAGUUUGCGGUUCGAUUUCAAAAGCCAAUAAAAUAGCGUUGAAUCAUUUUGUAUACCUUCUUGCGUGUUUUGUAUGUCCAGUUGACUGAAUUAUGUACAGGAUGGCUGCUGAGAAUACUUGAAAGACGUGUACAUGGAUGAUGCGGACAUCAUAAUUUGUUACUGUUCAACAGUCAAUAAAUUGACGUGA